UGAAGAAAAAAAGUAGAGGAGGAAAAGUUUUUCACACGAGGAUGGACGGAGUGGAGCGACUGGACUAACGUGUUCACUUUUAUCUGUAGAAAAGCGAAUUAAGUUCGGUGCUUUGGAGGAGGAGGAGGAGGGGGAUAUUGCGUUUGUUUUAAAUCGGGAACUUUUGUGGAGUAAAGAAGAGAAAAGUGUUUUUGUUGUUGAGGAGUUUUGGGGAAAAUGUCCGCUUUGGCGCAGAAGCUCGGCGCAGUGAAAUAUCUGGCCCUUCUGCUUCUCCUGACCGCGGCGGAGCUCACACACGGGAAUAUGGAGAGGUUAGAGCCGUGUCCCAGUCCCUGUACAUGCACUGGCACUUUACUGGACUGUAGUCGGCUUAUUAAAGGGUCCAAACUUCAGAGACUCCCUUCCUGGGUCACGCAAGUGGAUCUGAGCCAUAACAAAUUACGAACACUUCCUGAAGCACUGUUUUCCCGAUUGCACCGCCUAACCGAAAUAAAGCUGGACAACAACGAAUUGGAGACGAUGCCGGAUUUCGGCCCUCAUUCGGCCAACAUCAGCACUCUCAUUCUAGCUAAUAACAAGAUCUCAAGUAUAUCACCAGAGCAGCUCAGACCUCUGUCUUCCCUCGAGACCCUGGACCUCAGCAAUAACAACUUGGUGGACGUGAAAGGAUUCCCAUCUCUCCCUCUGAAAAACUUGUACGUAAAUAACAACCGCAUCUCCGUGUUGGAACCGGACUGCUUUAAAAAUCUGUCCGACACCCUGCUGGUGCUGCGACUGAACAGGAACCGUCUGAACUCCAUUCCUGCCAAGACCUUCCAGCUUGACAACCUUCAACACCUAGAUCUGAGCAGGAACCGGCUGCGACGAAUCAAAAGCUUGACCUUCAACGGCCUUCAUGCUCUCCGCUCUUUAAAUAUGCAGAGGAACGGCAUCGUACGUCUGUUGGAUGGAGCAUUUUGGGGCCUCAGCAAAUUGGAAAUUCUGCAGAUGGAGUACAAUAACUUGACCGAAGUGAGUAAAGGUUGGCUGUACGGGCUGUCGUCCCUGCAGCAGCUACAUCUGGCUCACAACGCCGUCAGUCGCAUCAAAGCCGACCCCUGGGAGCCCUGUCAGAAACUCGCUGAGCUUGACCUCAGCUCCAAUCAGCUGGUGCGCCUGGAGGAGGGCAGCUUCAUGCGCCUGACUGAGCUCAAGCAGCUCUCUAUUGGCUACAACCAGGUCAGCUUCAUCGCCGACGGAGCCUUCAGAGACCUCACCCGUCUGCACACGCUGGAUCUGAAAUAUAAUGAGAUUUCCUGGACCAUUGAGGACAUGAAUGGACCCUUUUCUGCCCUGAACAGUCUUCGAAAUCUGUUUCUUCAAGGGAAUCAGAUUCGAUCAGUUACCAAGAAGUCUUUCACAGGACUGGACUUGCUGGAGCGCCUUGACCUCAGCAACAAUGCCAUCAUGUCAAUUCAAGGAAAUUCAUUCUCCCAGAUGAAAAAACUAGAAGAACUGCACCUGAAUACGUCAAGUCUGCUCUGUGACUGCCAGCUGAAGUGGUUCCCGCUGUGGGUGGCAGAGAACGCCUUUCUCUCCUUGGGCAACGCCAGCUGUGCCCAUCCACAGCUACUGAAGGCCAAGAGUGUCUUUGCGGUCAGCCAGGACGAAUUUGUGUGUGCUGAUUUCCCCAAACCUCAAAUCACGCUUCAGCCUGAGACGCAGUCAGCCAUCAAAGGCACCAAUGUGACCUUCGUGUGCUCGGCAGCCAGCUCCAGCGACUCACCCAUGACCUUCGCAUGGAAGAAGGACAACGAGGUACUGAAUAAUGCAGAGAUUCACAACCAGGCUCAUCUUCGAGCGCAAGCAGGCGAUGGGAGCCAGGUUACCGAGUACACCACCACGCUGCAGCUGCGCCAUGUGGAAUCUUCCAGCGAGGGCAAAUACCAGUGCGUCAUCUCCAACCACUUCGGCUCCACCUAUUCCACCAAGGCCAAGCUUACUGUUCACAUGUUGCCGUCCUUUACCAAAAUUCCCAUGGACCUCACGGUGCGUGUUGGAGCCACGGCCCGGUUAGAGUGUGCUGCUACCGGACAUCCAACUCCUCAGAUAGCCUGGCAGAAAGACGGAGGCACCGACUUUCCAGCCGCAAGAGAACGGCGGAUGCACGUAAUGCCCAGCGAUGCCGUCUUCUUCAUUGUGAAAGUGAAAACAGAAGAUAUCGGCGUGUACAGCUGCACUGCCCAGAAUACAGCUGGAGCUAUAUCUGCUAAUGCCACAUUAACUGUACUAGAAAUGCCCUCUUUCCUGCGGCCGCUGACGGACCGCACAGUAGCAAGAGGCGAGACAGCCGUGCUGCAGUGCAUCGCAGGUGGGAGCCCUCCACCGCGUCUAAACUGGACCAAGGAUGACGGGCCACUAGCGUUAACCGAGCGCCACUUCUUUGCUGCUGGAAACCAGCUCCUGAUUAUUGUGGAUGCAGCAGAGGCUGAUGCCGGCACGUACACCUGUGAGAUGUCUAACCCGCUGGGCACAGAGAGGGGAAAUGUGCGCCUGGCUGUCUUGCCAAACCCUAACUGUGAGUCAAACCAGGCAGGUGUAGGAGUGCUGGGCCCAGUCGGCGGUGGGUCAGAGGAGGACGGUUGGACCACAGUGGGCAUCGUCAUAAUUGCUGUAGUGUGCUGUGUGGUGGGCACGUCACUGGUGUGGGUGGUCAUCAUCUACCACACACGCCGGCGCAAUGAGGACUGCAGCGUCACCAACACUGAUGAGACCAAUCUGCCGUCAGACAUUCCUAGCUACCUGUCGUCUCAGGGUACGUUAGCAGAGCGCCAGGACGGUUACGUGCCCUCUGAGAGCGGUAGCAAUUACCAGUAUGUGAGCUCUUCCAUGGGAGGAUUCUACCUGCAGCCUAAGGACAUGAAAGGUGUUUGUCAGCUAGACACAGGAAGUGAAACAGACAUGGAGGCGGCCAUUGACCCUCUGCUGUGCCAUUUCCAAGGGCCUAUUGGCACACUGCUGAGGAGAGGAAACCUGUAUGGCCCAGAGCCCACAGAGACAUAUACAGGCUGUACCAUUGAUCAGAGGCUCGUGUGCAGAGAUUCGUACAGCCCCUCACUCCCCAGCUUAAAAAAGAGAGAUUAUUACACAUACACUCCCUCGCUGUCCUCGGACCCUUGUGACCACGUGAGCAGCGGGAUGCUGGUACAGCGUGAGGGCGGAGAAUGUGUCCAGUCACAGCUGCCUCCCGCCUCCUACAUGGGUACUUUUGGUAAAGCACCAUGGAGGCCUCAGCAGGAGCUUUACCCCAGCCUCUGCCCUUCAGUCUCUCACAAAGGAACGGCGCUUCACGAAAACCUCUACACAGCCCUCGAUUAUGACUCCGAGCGCGAGGACGACUUCGCGGCUCAUUCGCUUUCCCAGAAUUUAAAGGUGGACCCAGACAACAUCAUGUCUGAUCUGCCGUUCGACAGAAACAGGACAAUGGAGAGUUGCCUGAGCUCUCAGUCAUGUUCAUAGCACCACAGGCAGAGAAACAGAAAGAGACUGCACACUCCAGUUAUUUAAAGAGGAGGACCAAAUCAAAAUUCUACCUCAGCUUGGACACUUGUUGUGCGCGCUGGUUUUGAAUGUAAAAGGUAAAAAUGAGGAAUCCUUCCAAAAGAUUGAAACUGUUUAAUUAAGUAUAUCCGUUGUUACUUUUGUACAAAAACAGAUAACAAAAGUGUAUAU